AUGUUCUUCUCCAAGGCCGUUUCGUCCAUUGUGGGCGCCACCGUUCUCGCUGCUGCUGCCGUCUCGGCUCAAAACUCGGCGAGUGUAGAGCCUUUCAGCUACGGCACCGCCAACUCCAACUACCCCGGUGUCCGAUCGACCGCCCGCAACGGUCCUACCAACCCUUCCGCGCCGCAGCUCAACACGCCCAUCAACCAGACUUCGACUUCGCGUCUCGCCUCGAUCAACUCGAUCGACGACUGGUGCACCUUUGGUCCCCCCGGUACCGGUCAGCCGCUUGCCGACGUCGAGGAGAUCACCGUCGCCUACUGCACCAAGCCUCGUAACAAUGCGCGUGUUAUUCCGGACGGCUCGGUCACCGGUGCCCACUUUGUCAAGACCCCGCUCUACGUCCAGCUCAUGGCUGUCGGUGACUUCACCAGCAUCGGCUUCCAGCAAGGCGACGAGGGUGGAGAGCUCGACCCUCACGGCGCUACGGGUCAGGGCAACCCCGUCGGCGGCAACGUCACUUCCAACGUCUCGGGCUCGGACGUCUUCUACGAGGAAUGGAUGAACUACGCUUCCUACAACCAGAUCUGCUUCCGUGUCUGCAUUGCCGGCAGCGAGCAGGCUCCUACUGCGCUCGAGUGCCAGCACACACUCGAUGUGAUGGGAUGCAACUUUGUCAUGCCCGGCAACUACGCCGACAAGGUCUUCGAGACAUGCGACGGUGACUCGGCCUACCCUCCCGGACUGUACCCCGUUGGCAACGGUCAAACUUCGACCUUCGUGCAGUUCUACACGGGCACCUACGUUGCUAACGGCGUAACUUACUCGUACACCAACGGCUCGCCCGACGAGAUCACCCCUCAGGCUGCUUACUCGACCCCCGCCACCUCCAACUGCCAGACCACCUCGACCAUCGCCAACGGUAUCAAGUCGAUCAUCCCUUCGUCCAGCGUCGCCUCUUCUUCCUCCUCGUCUGCUGCCAAGGCCUCCAAAACCCAGUCGUCCGGCUCGUCGAGCUCCACCUCUGGCUCGUCUGGCUCGUCUGGCUCCUCGUCGGGAUCGGGCUCCUCGGGCUCGGGAUCGGGCUCGUCUGGCUCUUCGGGUUCGUCCGGCUCGAGCAAUGCUUCGACCAGCGGUGCUUCCAAACUGGCCAACAGCGCUGCUGCGGGUGUGCUUGCUUUCGCCGCCGUUAUCGCUGGCGCCAUGAUGCUCUAA